GUGGAGAGUUCAUGGGACCCUGCUGGGCUGUUGCCUGAGUUGGCCACUGUGACUAUGACGCAGCAAGAUGCUGCUUCUUUGACACAGCUCAUGGAGGAACCCCCAAAGGAGAACCUCUUUGCUGAGCCGGUGCCACAUCAGUCAAUUGCUGUGAAGUCUGAGGAGAAGGCUGUGGAGGAGGGAACAGAGCAGGGUUCAGCUUUGAGAGUGGCGGGCGCGCAGCCUUCACAAGUGGCCCUCAAGCCCAAGUCCAUGCCUGCAAAGGCCAUCAAGGAAUAUUCCGACUUGACCAAGGGGGAAGUGGAAGAGAAAAUCCAGAUGCUAAAGAAGCUUCUGGAGAGAAAGAAGAGCAGCGCAAAUUUGGGAGCAGACGCUGAUGAAACUCAAGCCUAUGAUGCCUCCCCUAUUGCGAAAUCUAUUCUGAAUUCCUCGGAGCCCAUUGACUUGCUGGAGUCGGAUGAGGAGGGUGAUGGUGAUGAGACCGUCCGAAAGUGUUUGGCGGGUCAGUUGUCUGCUGCUGCCAGUGAGCAAGGUGAGUUGGCAUAUCCUGGGGGUUUGGACUUGGAAGACAGUCAACUUCCUGAAGAAUUUCCACCUGCACCGAUGGAUCCACCAGCCCUUGGUGGCAAUGGUGCUAGCGCUGAGCAGCCCAAGGCUGAGGUCUCAAGAACCGCUUUGCCGCCUUCUGAGGAAGCUUGGUCUUUAAAAGAUUCUGAGAAGCCUGAUGCCUCAGAGGUCGUGAAGAGGGAGGAGGCCAAAAUCGAUCCCACAAAGAGCACGGGUGAAGUUCCUUUGGGCGAGGAGGGGAAGGAAGACGGC